AUGGACUGUUGUGAUAGAGGCUUUAUAGAAGCACAAUCGAAGGUUAAAGUGACUCAAGUUUUAUGGAAAAUGCCUGAAAAUGGAUGGAUCAAGAUAAAUAUUGAUAGGACUUCUAGGGGUAAUCCCACGAGAAGUUCAUGGGAAAUCUGUAUAAGGAAUGAAUAUGGGGAUGUCAUUCAAGCUCAAGCUAAAGAAAUGGAGGAUCCUCAGAGCACUACCACAGAGGCAGAGGCACUAGCAAUUCUACAGGCACUCAGAUUUGUGAGAGCUAAUCCGAUGGAUCAGAUCAGGAUUGAAACUGAUUCAUUAUUGGUGAAAAACAUAAUUCAGAGGACGUGGGAAGUUCCAUGGAAGGUUGUCAGCAUGGUGGAAGAAAUAUGGAAGAUUAUGGAAGAGAAGAUGGUAGUGGUUGAGUACAUUUAUAUGGAACGAAAUGUUACACCUAAAAAAAUUUUGUGUCGUUUGCGUUGUGAGUAA